AUGAUUGUUCAUUUUCAGGACAAGACCGUAGAUGAACAAUCACGAACAUCUGAUCUACCAAUACAUAUUCGAUCAAUUAAAGAUUUUCGAAAACAGAAGGAUUAUGAGAGUAGUCUUUCAGAUCGAAAAAAAUCGAAAUUAGAUAUCAAUAAAAAAAAAUUGAAAAACAAUUCAUCAGCAAAAAUCAACAAAAAAAUUCAUAAAGUUCAGGUUUACAAUAAAGCUAGCGAUGCAGACUUUUUGUUUGCCGUACUAGAAACAAUUGAUUUUAAUAGUCAUCGUCCUUCGAAUAAUUAUAGAUAUCCGCAAUGUGUAUUUCGAUUCGCUACAAUAAUUGCUAUAAUAGCAGGCAGAUAUGCUUAUGAAUUUCUUCGAAUGAAUUUACGAUUUCUAUUGCCGACAAUACAAACUAUUGAAAAUAAUUGGUCUUAUCAGCCUUACAAAGAGGCUAAUUUUCGAUUUGAGGAAACUCAAACCUAUCUUAGUUCAAAUAAUUGUCAAUAUGUUUUUGUAUCCGAAGAUUGCUCUGCGAUUAUUCCUAGAAUAGAAUAUGAUGCAAGUUUAGAUAUUUUUAAUGGAUUUGUUACACCUGUUGUAGAAGGUUUACCAACUGAAAAUGCAUUUCGUUGCACAACAAUUCAACAAUUAAAAAAUUUAUUUGAAACUAAUGCAUAUGCUAAUCUAGUUAACAUUCACGUAGCUCAGCCUAUUGCUGAUUCAAAUAAUGCUUUAGUUUUACCAACAACAGUUUUGGCAGCUUACGGAACCGAUCAUAAAUUAACAGCUAUUGAUAUAUUAAAAAGAUGGCUAAUAAUAUAUAAAAAAUUUUAUUCCAGAGGAAUUCGUGUAUUAGGAUUCUCCACAGAUGGGGAUCCCAAGUUCUUAAGAGCAAUGCGUUUAGCUGCUAACUUUUUUGUAAGAACGCAAAUAUUAAAUAUUUACAAUAAUACAUUAGCAUUUAAAGUAAAAAUUCCUUCGAAUUGGAUGUCAUGGUUUUUUCUUGGUUCUACUCAACUUUUUUUAUUCGUACAGGAUGGUGUACAUCUGUGUACUAAACUCCGAAAUAGAAUGUUAUCGAAAAGUGCUGAAUUAACUAUGGGUAGUUAUGAAAUAUCUAUGGAGCAUUUGCAUGACUUAAUAAGAUCAACAAAUAAAUUAGACCACAACUUAUCAAUAUCCGAUUUAAAUGUUAAAGAUAAGCAAAAUUUUGCUUCUUGUCAAAAAAUCUCAGAUGAUAAAGUAUUAAAUUUAUUGCUGUUAAAUGAUAAAUAUAGAGGUACUUAUAAUUACUUGUUAAUCUUAAACUUAUUGAUAACUGCUUAUACAGAAAAAGCGAUCGCGCUGAGUGAUCGUAUCUAUUGUGCAUCUAUUGUUUUAUUUUAUGUUCGAUUAUGGAGGAUAUGGUUACAUAUUGAAAGAUCACCUCGUAAAAAUACAUUAUCAGAAAAAAGUAAAAAUAAAAAAAAAGAUCAAUCACCACACUUUAUUACUUCAAAUGCAUUACUAUGUAUAGAGCUGAAUGCACAUUAUUUGAUCUACGUCUACUUAUUAAUUGAACAGAAUGUUCUUCCUCAAUCUAUUGCUGAAAGUACUUACUUAUUCUCCUCACAACCUUGUGAGAACAUAUUUAGAAACGCUCGAGCGCUUUCGGGUGUUUAUUCUACACGUAUUAAUUUUACUAUCAUGCAAUUUUUGAAGCGAUUAAAUAAGCUAAAUGCUCUUACAGAACUAAAACAUUUUGAAGAAACAAAUACAGAACAAAAAAUAGUUUUUCCUGUUCAUCACAAAAUCAAAAGAUUUAUGGAUAAAAAACAAUCAAAUAAUAAUAACACUAAACUUACCAGCUUUAAUACUCAUGAUCUAGAAAAAAUUAUUCUUCAUGCAUAUGAAAUAGCACAAAACAUGGCCAAUUUUGUUGACUUGAGUAAUAGUUUAAUAAAAAAUAACAUGUUUAACAUUGAACAAUCAUCAAAAAUAGCCAAACAGUUGUUACAUUUGAAUUGCUUAACUGAAUCCGAAAUAGUUGAUGUUGAUGGAUCGACGGAUGAUGAAGAAUCAAGUGAUGAUGAAGAUUUAGAUACUUAUAAUAAAGAAUUAGCUGAUAUUAUGUGUGAUGGUGAUUUUUCUGAGGACGAAUUAAACACUUCAAAUAGUUUUGAAAAUUUGCAAGGAACAACUUAUUCAGGUGUGUCAGAAUAA